AUCUUGGAGCCUGCGGCCGCCAUGGGAUUAUGGACGCUGAGCGCCGCGCUGCUGUGCCUGGGCGGCGCCCUCGCGUACUCCCAGCUGCACUCGCUGCCCCUCACGGAGAGCUCCAGGCCGGCGCAGGGACCGGCCACCAUGCCAGGGCCGCCGGAAGAGGAGCAGCCGGUCACGAAGGGUUGUGGAAUCGCACCACUUAGAGGAGCGUCAGAAGGGUCUCGGAUCAUAGGAGGUACCCAAGCGGACACUGGGGCGUGGCCGUGGCAGGUUAGCCUGCAGAUUCAAGAUGGUGAUUUUCUUAUGCAUAUAUGUGGUGGUGCCCUAGUGAGAGACAGGUGGGUCCUCACAGCUGCUCACUGCACUAAAGAGGCUAGAGAUCCUCUCAAGUGGAGAGCGGUGAUCGGAACCAAUGACCUCACCCGGAGCCACUACCACACCAGGAGCAUAGGGAUCACAGCCAUCAUCAUCCCACCAGAUUUCAUUAUGGAAACUUUCGUAAAUGAUAUCGCACUGUUCCGUUUAAAGAGAGCCGUGAGGUAUAAUGACUAUAUUCAGCCCAUUUGUCUACCUUUUGGUGUUUUCCAAAAACUGGACCAAAACACAACGUGUUUUAUAAGUGGCUGGGGAAGAACCAAAGAAGAAGGCAAUGGCACAACCAUUUUGCAAGAGGCAAAAGUACACUUCAUCUCUCGGGAGAUUUGUAACUCUGACAGCAGCUACGGUGGAGUGGUUCCUAACACUUCAUUCUGUGCAGGUCACGAAAAUGGGACCUUUGACACGUGCAGGGGUGACAGCGGUGGACCGCUAAUGUGCUACCUACCAGAACACAAAAGAUACUUUGUGAUGGGAAUUACCAGUUAUGGACACGGCUGUGGGCAGAGACAUUUUCCCGGUGUCUACAGCAGCCCAUCAUCCUUCCGGCAGUGGCUGACACAGUACUUAUCACAGGGAAACACCAAGCGCCUGUUUGAUAUGGACGUGGCGCUCAGCCAGGUCCUCAUAGCCCUAGGCUCUAUCAUCCUUCUAGGCAUCACAUAGGGACAUCAGGGGCUAAGGUGUCACUGCCUGGCUGUGUCUACACAAGAUCAUUGUGCUCAUGGCUCUCUUCAGUGCUUCCCUGGCGAUACUGGGUGGGGUUUGCUUUUUGAACAACAGGAUUGUGACAGAUACAUAGCUGUGAAUUUUGGCACCAAAUCCCAUCUUUCCUCAUUAGAACCUGAUUCAUAAUUCUGUAUUUGGAAU